AUGACUCUUGUCAAAGACGUGCGAUUUGAACAUUAUCGACCGGAACAUGCGCUUGGUGUCCAUGAGACAGGGCCACGGAUAUCCUGGACGUACAAAUGCAGCGAACCUUUUCAGCAGCAGAGUUACAAUAUUGAAGUCACAGAAAUCUCGCCUACUGGGCAGCCUAAGAUUAUAUGCAAUGCCAACGUAGUAUCCUCGAAAUCGAACCUGGUGCCAUGGCCUCUCACAGAACCUCUCCGAUCGAGACACCGCAUUUCUGCCAGGAUCCAAGGAGUGUCUGAAAAAGGAGAGACUACACCUUGGAGCGAGCCGAGCAUCCUAGAAGUCGGUCUCUUGAAUGCUCCAGAUUGGGCGGCACACAGAAUUGCGGGCUCGGAUAUCAGAGACCCAACAAAGUCAUACCCAGAGCAGCUGUUCCGAAAAACGUUCGAAAUUGGGCAAGCAACGGCAUCAGCCCGGCUAUACAUCACCUCGCAAGGAUUGUACGAAGCUGAGAUCAACGGUGUCCGUGUAGGCGACUACUUCCUCGCGCCCGGUUUCACAGAGUACAAUGAUAGAUUGCAGUACCAGACGUAUAAUAUUUUGGAGCUCCUACGCCCCGGCAAGAAUUGCAUUGGUGUACGGGUAGCCGAAGGCUGGUACAACGGUCGAAUUGGUUUUGAGGGAGGAAAGCGUAACAUCUGGGGUGAAAGAAACACGCUCAUUGCGCAGCUUGAAGCGACCCUGGACGAUGGAAGCAUACAGCAGGUUGUCUCUGAUGACACCUGGUCUGUCACGGAAGGCCCGAUCCGACUUACCGAAAUCUACGACGGCGAGAAGUACGACGCGUCCAAGGAAGUUGAUGGCUGGUCUCUGGAGGAUGGAGGCGGUCAGUCGUGGCAGACAGUCGAAGUCUUAGACCCUCUGCCCGAACGCACGAAACUCGUCGCAGGUUAUGGAGAACCAGUGCGGAGGAUUGAGACAGUAAAGCCGAUCGAGCAGAUUACGACACUUUCCGGAAAGACCAUCCUUGACUUUGGCCAGAACCUCGUUGGAUACCUGAGGAUCAAGAAGGUCCGCGGUGCGGUAGGGCACAAGAUCACAAUAAAGCAUGCUGAAGUCCUCGAGUACGGCGAGCUGGGUACGAGACCACUCCGUGACUGUAAAGCCACGGAUGAAUACAUUCUCAAGGGAUCUCAAGAGGCCGAGUCCUGGGAGCCAAGAUUCACGUUUCACGGCUUCCGUUAUGCGCAGGUCGACAACUGGCCAGGUAAGGCCUCCCUCACUGACUCUAUCGAAGCUGUGGUCUGUCAUACCGACAUGCAGAGAGCCGGUCAAUUCGAAUGCUCUGAUAGCAACCUCCACAAACUGUACCAGAAUGUCUGUUGGAGCAUGAGGGGCAACUUCCUGUCGAUACCUACCGACUGCCCUCAGCGAGAUGAGCGUCUCGGCUGGACUGGCGACCUAGCAUUGUUCGCCCCUACAGCCGCUUACAUCUACCAAUGUACUGGUAUCCUGAAAGAUUGGCAUCAGGAUCUAGCGAUCUGCCAGAAAAGACGAGAUGGCUUGCCGCCGAUGGUAUGUCCAGAUCCUCUCGAAGGCGAUCGAUUUUGGGAUCUGGGUAUACCGACCGCUAUCUGGCACGACGUCGCAGUUCUAGGUCCUUGGGCAGUCUACUCUGCCACCGGGGAUGUCGAGAUAUUGCGAACACAGUACGAGAGCAUGCAGGGCUGGAUCGGGAAGAUUCAGAGAUACGAAGGAAGUUCAACGCCGAACCUUUGGCAUCCGAACGUGUUCCAGCUUGGAGACUGGCUAGAUCCUGCAGCACCACCAGACGCCCCAUGGGCCAGCAAAACAGACAGCAAACUCGCCUCCGACGCCUUCCUCAUCCAAACCCUCCGUCUCAUGUCCCAAAUCGCAACCCUCCUCGGCAAAGACACCGACGCCGCGCUCUACUCAUCCGACUUCUCAGCCGCCCGGUCCCAAUUCCAAUCCGAAUGGACUUCCCCCAACGGCCGGGUCCUUAACGAAUCGCAAACCGCCUACGCGCUCGCAAUCCACUUCGACCUGCUCACCCCCACCCAACGCGCCUUCGCAGGCGCCCGCCUCGCCCACAUCGUAUCUCUCAACGCCUUCAAAAUCGGCACUGGCUUCGCCGGCACACCAUACGUAUGCGAAGCGCUCGUCUCCACGGGCCACACCGACGUCGCAUUCGGCAUGCUGCUCAACCAGGCAUGUCCGUCGUGGCUUUACGGUAUUAAAAUGGGCGCGACGACCACGUGGGAGCGCUGGGAUAGCAUGUUACCCGACUACAGCAUUAAUCCGGGGGACAUGACGAGUUUCAAUCACUAUGCGUAUGGCGCCGUAGCGACGUUUUUGCACGAGCGGGUCGCGGGGUUGAAGUGUGUGGAGGCUGGGUGGAGGAGAGUCAGGGUUGAGCCGGUUGUGGGUGCGGAUAUUACCUCUGCAUCCGCAAGCCAUCUAUCACCGUACGGUGAGAUUAGUGUGACGUGGGAGAUUGUGGAGGGGAAGAGGUUUAGGGUUGAUGUUGUGGUGCCGGAGGGUGUUACUGCUGAGAUUUGUAUACCGAAUGGCACGCAGAAGAAGGAGGAGACGGUUGGGUGUGGGAAGUGGAGUUUUGAGACACAGUAUCAGAGGACACAUACUUGGCCGGUUAAGGCUAUCUCGCCGCUACCGUUUCCUCUCGAGGGUCUCCAAAGUACUUUGGGAGAGCGCAAUAGAGAUAACGCCUAG